CGGGCCUGGCUGGGCAUGAAGCUGGCACGGCUGCUACGCGGAGCCGCGUCGGCCGGGCCGGGCCCGGGGUCGUGCUCCUCGGGCCUGAGCCCCGGCCGCGGCCUCGCGUCGGACUCGGGCUCCGGGCCGGCUCCGGAAGGCAGCCUGCCGCGCCAAGUGGACUUCUACGCGCGCUUCUCGCCGUCGCCGCUCUCCAUGAAGCAGUUCCUGGACUUCGGGUCAGUAAAUGCUUGUGAAAAGACCUCCUUUAUGUUUCUACGACAAGAGCUGCCUGUUAGAUUGGCAAAUAUAAUGAAAGAAAUAAGUCUCCUUCCAGAUAAUCUCCUCAGGACCCCAUCGGUACAGCUGGUACAAAGCUGGUAUAUUCAGAGCCUUCAGGAGCUUCUUGAUUUUAAGGACAAAAGUGCAGAAGAUGCUAAAAUUAUUUAUGACUUCACAGAUACGGUGAUACGAAUCAGAAACCGACACAAUGAUGUCAUUCCUACAAUGGCCCAAGGUGUGGUUGAAUAUAAAGAGAGCUUUGGGGUGGAUCCUGUCACCAGCCAAAAUGUUCAAUACUUUUUGGAUCGAUUCUACAUGAGUCGCAUUUCAAUUAGAAUGUUACUCAAUCAGCACUCUUUAUUGUUUGGUGGAAAAGGAAGUCCAUCCCAUCGAAAACACAUUGGGAGUAUAAAUCCAAAUUGCAACGUAGUUGAAGUUAUUAAAGAUGGCUAUGAAAAUGCUAGACGGCUUUGUGAUUUAUAUUAUGUCAAUUCUCCUGAACUAGAACUCGAAGAGCUAAAUGCAAAAUCACCAGGACAGCCAAUACAAGUGGUUUAUGUACCAUCCCAUCUCUAUCACAUGGUGUUUGAACUUUUCAAGAACGCAAUGAGAGCAACCAUGGAACACCAAGCUAAUAAAGGCAUUUAUCCUCCUAUUCAUGUUCACGUUACGCUGGGCAGUGAGGACUUGACUGUGAAGAUGAGUGACCGAGGAGGAGGCGUUCCACUGAGGAAGACUGACCGACUCUUCAAUUACAUGUACUCAACUGCACCCCGGCCUCGUGUUGAGACGUCCCGUGCAGCGCCCCUGGCUGGUUUUGGGUACGGAUUGCCUAUAUCACGUCUUUAUGCGCAGUACUUCCAAGGAGACCUAAAGCUUUAUUCCUUAGAGGGCUACGGCACAGAUGCAGUGAUCUACAUUAAGGCUCUCUCAACAGAAUCCAUUGAAAGGCUCCCCGUGUACAACAAAGCUGCCUGGAAGCAUUACAACGCCAACCAUGAGGCCGAUGACUGGUGUGUCCCCAGCAGGGAGCCUAAAGACAUGACCACAUACCGCAGUGCCUAGAUAUGCCUGGGACACCUGGAAAAGCCCAAAGUGGAGUUCAGACCCACCUCAUACCAGACAAGUCACCUGUCAGUUGUACUUAGUUCUCUGGGUAGAAUAAGUGGAAACUGGAUUCCAUUUCUGCCUGAUAAACCUCUUAAAGGAUGAAAUUAUACCAAUUUUACACUGAUAUUUUCACAGUUAAGUGAACGUAUUUUUAAAUAAUAGUAAUUUUGGUCAACGUCCCUCUUUAUGGUAGACUUCUGAACUGCAGAGUCUUUGGGUUUCUAUAGGAAGCUGUAUAAUUUUCUUUUUUUAAUUGUUUUCAUUUGUGUACUAGAAGCAUUUUCUAAAUAAUAUGGAUUAGCUGGUUACCUGCCAUCUGUUUAGUAGUGGCACCUCAUAAGGUGAGCUUCCUGUGUUCAGGGAAGCAGAACACAGUUGGGAAGUAUAGAACGAGCCACAGCAGCUUCUGCGUGCAUUGUCGUCCUCUGAAGGUGAAUAAUCAUGGUAUAGUUUUAUUACAGUGAAUUGUAAUGGUGCUAAUUUAGGAUCAUGGACAAUCUGCUUAGGGUUAAUGCCAGGAUUUUUUUUGAGAGUGAGAGUCUCGCUAAGUAGCUCUGGUUGCUGUGAACUCAUGAUGCUUCUUCCUCAGCCUCCUGAGUGCUGUGAUUAGAGGUGUGUGGCCGCACACCUGGCUUAGAAGUGUUUAUAUCUACAGACAACUAACCGAUGGUAUGGAAUAAACUGAGAGCUAAGUGGAGAGUCCCCAAACCGAACUGAUUGCUUGUUGAGGUUACCUGAAGGAGCUUUUGAAAAAAAGUGUUUCUGGGUCCUACUUCAGGCAUACCAAGGCAGAGUGUCAAGGGCUGGAGCAAGGGAUCGGUUUGACAGCGCUUUGUAAGAUAAGGCUUAGGCCUGGCCUGGCUGAAACCACUCGGUAAAGUAAACAGUGAUGCCACUGCUGCCGAAGUAACAGACAGUUGAGUUUCAGCCCCCACCUGUUUCCAGGUGAGACUUCUAGACGCGUGGAGGGAUGAGCUGCAGCUUGGGGCUGGUGCCGUUAGAUGCACAGUUAAUAGCGGGAUGCCAGGUUCACUCAGACCAGUAAGGUAACAAAGGGUCACCCUGUUUUUAUUUAAGUGGUGACAAAGAACAUGGAUCUAAAAAUACCCAGAUUAUGUUAUCAGUGAAAAGUAAACUUGGACAAUUACAACAGUUAUUUGCAUUUGUGUGGUAAUUGCAGUUCACAGAUGCUUUGAAGUAUUAGAACUUCAUUGAUUGAAACAGAGGUCCAAAACAGGCUGCCAUCAUCCUGGUGAAGUCUCAGAGUCAGCCAGAGGUCAGGUGAGGCUUGCUUAUUGCAUGAUCUCUUGGCAUGCUCUGGAGCCUAUGAAGUUGCUACCUUAUCUUCUUUCAAAGAAAUAGGGAAAUACUUUGAAAAAUACCUUCUAAAGUAAACAUUUAAAUAUUCCAAGUAUAGCUUUGCCACUUGGUCUUUUUUUUUUUAAUAUAUGAGUCGAAAUACCUCACUCUUGAAAGGAUUUAUCAAAUUGUUACACUGUGUCCCAAAAUACAUUUUAAAAUAAAAAGUGAAAUUACAUGACCUGGCACAAGAUAGAAUUCUUAUGCCAAAUUCUAUAGACAUGUAGAUUAAACGGGAUGUUACGGGACAGUUAGUCCACAACCCUCACAUGAGGGAUAAGGGUCCUGAAACGCAGGGCUUGCUGUUGCCCAGGGAUUUUUAGCUAAUAUAACCAAAUGUUGGAAAAAUGUUGGAAAAGAGAGACCUUACCUACAAAAUCAUGGAUUUUGUAAGAAAUAAUAGAAUUUUAAUCCAUGACAUUAACUCAGUGUAUUUUGAGCUUUAAAUUACAUUUUCUUGAAUGAAAUAUUUUAGAAUUUUUUGAGUUGAGAUAUUCACUUUCACAAAUGAGACAUUUGUACAAUUAACAUUAAACUUAAUGUUUUUACUUUUGAAAUAUUCUUCCCCUUCCAAAAAAUUAAGUCUUUUCUAUAUUAAGUGAGGAGCACAUAAAUAGUGUUCUCAAAAUAAAAGUAAAAUUAUUUUAGCUUCUUUUUAAGGUGUAAUACCUUUUCUACCAUGGCAAUGGACAAUUGUAUAAUAAAAUAUUAUGGGGGAGGUUUUUCCUAGUUGGUUUUAAAGUUAUUUACAAGGAUUUUAGAUUCUUACUGAGAUAUUUUGUCUACCAGCAUUGAUUUUAUGCAGUGUAGAUAUAAAACUGUAAUGAAAACCAAGAAGUGGACACUAAGUGAUUUUUAUAACUUGGACAGUUAAUGAAUGUGGGAACAUUUUGUAGGAAGGAAUGGCAAAAGUGUUCUGUACUAUAAUUAAAAUCCUAGCUGGUUUCAAUGCCUUCAUGUUUAA